AUGCACUUCCUCAAAGCCGUCGCCUUCGGGCUAAGUCUUGCGGCCUCUGUCUCCGCCCUCGCUAUUGGGGACAUCAAGGACGGACUCAACCAUCUUGUCGCGCGUGGCCCUGUGCAAGACACUGACCGCCUCCUCUACUCUACAUCCAUGAGCAACUUCCUAGCCGCCAAGCGGGCCAAGAACCCCAGCUACCUUAAUUGGAACGAUGACGGCUGCUCGAUUUUAUCCGACACACCAUACGGCUUCAACUUUUUGCCCAGCUGCCAGCGGCACGAUUUCGGGUAUAGGAACUACAAGGCCCAGAACCGGUGCUCGAGUGACGAUCGGAAGAGAGUCGACCAGAAGUUCCUCAGCGACAUGAACAACGAGUGCGGAAAACAAUCUGCAGUAAAGAAGUUAGCUUGUCUGAAAGUAGCAUCAGAAUAUUAUGUUGGUGUUAGGGCCGCGGGUGGGUUGAAGUGGUGCUGA